AUGCAAACAGAUGGACGAAAUGAGCGAAAUCAUUGUCAAUCAGCAAAAACGGAAAAAGUGAACGCAGAAAAAAACAAAACAUUAAAAGUAACGCCACAGUGGAGUGAUACGACUAUGUUAGCUUGGAAUAAUGAACUGAUCAAGGGAACAAGUUUGCAUUAUAUCACUUCCAGAAGUGCAAAUGCAAGUACAAGUACAAGUUCCACUUCUAUGUACACGCAUAGAAAAAACAAAGUGAAAAAAUUCCGAAAAUAG